AUGACAUCGUCAAUCGCGAAGCUGGGUAAAACAGCCUGUCGGCUUCUAGCUGGCGGUAGCUCAAGCAUUCAAUUACAAAGUAGAAGUAUUGUGCACAAGAGCUUAUUGAGACUUCCUCCGGAUUAUCCUGACCCGUGGCCAUACAAAGAAAAAGGGUAUAAUUACACUGAUGCUAUUCGUGAUCGAACCCAGUCUCGGUUUCAUCAGAAUUCCAAACUUAUUGUAGUAGAGGGAAAUAUUGGAGUAGGAAAGAGUAAACUUUCGAGAGAACUUGCCGACCAGCUCGGCUUCUACUACAUGCCGGAAUUUAAAAUGGAGGACAUUCUUAUAGAUCGUUAUGGAAACGACCUAAGAAAGUUCUAUCAUUUGUUUCCUGAAAGUUUCCGUAUGCCAGACAUGGAUAUGUUUUAUAAAAAUCCAAUGAGUGACAUGUCGGCAAAGAUGCAGCAACGUAUAUUUGAGUGCCGUUUCGACCAAUUCCUGAAUGCGGUAGCACACAUCCUGAACACAGGUCAAGGAGUAGUUUUGGAACGCACUCCAUAUUCCGACUUCGUUUUUGUGAACGCAAUGCGCAGUAAGAACUUUGUAGGACACGAAUAUCUGAAGCAUUAUUAUUAUGUUCGCAAAGCUGCUCUCCCUCAGUUACACUUCUGGCCUCAUCUGGUGGUUUACCUUGACGCUCCUGUCCAUAAAUGCCUCGAAAACAUCAGAGCUCGAGGAAAUGCCAGUGAAAUUGCCGCGGUAGACGAGAAAUACCUGAAAACAAUCGAAGAGUCAUACAAAGACUCCCUCAAAGAGUAUAGGCGACAUUCAAAGAUUUUGGCAUAUGACUGGACUCGCCCUGGUGAUGCUGACACUGUUGUGGAAGACAUUGAGCGCUUGGAUUUCGACUUCUUCGAGUGGCAUUCUGGAGAUGUGAUGGAGGAAUGGUUUACCCUGGUUGAUGAAGUCGGAUGGAAUGGAUGGCGACAGCAUGUUACGUCGAAGGUCGACGCACGAUUAUAUGCGUUCGGUGGGAUGUCAACUCACGAGGUUGGGGAGUUGUACAUCAACCCUCGCGAUGCCGGCCACUUCAUGCACGUCAUGCGUAAAGAGGUGUUAAAAUCACCACACUCUUACGGAUUCAUAGCAAAGAAUGGCGAUCACAUACAAGGUCUGAUGAACUGGAGGCAUGACCAUUCCCUUCCUGAACCGUGGUAUGAGUACUACUAUAAAGAGGCAUAUUAUGACGAUAUGGCUUCCAUGGAGACGUCAUUAGAUCCUCAUUCAUACUCGUACGAUCCCGACUACGUCCAUCACCACCACUAA